ACAGUACACAAAUAUUAGCCCCUUAACAUAACAGUUUUAAUGGCUGCCACUGGAUAGUGCUAUAGCCGAUUAAGAAUUGAAACAGGUAUAUAUUCAUGGUGUCAUUGUCAUUUACGUUAUGACAUGGAUUUCGAAGCAAUCCUUCAUAAGCAAUCUUUCAAAAUAAGAUGUUACUGAGGUGUAUGCAGUCUAUUUAUUGGAAAUAUUCAAUCAAAAUUCGGUUGUAAACAACACAAUUUCUGAUUGUUUGACGUUCCCGAGGUUUUGGAAUUUUAUGAUUUUUGUGCAAGACGUUCUCAAAGGCAUUAUAUGGUACCCGUGAUUCAAAAAUAGAUUAUUGGUUAAUAUUUUUGAAGGUAUAGAACCAUGCAAUUAUGGCCUCGAUAAAGACAGAAGUUUGGUGUGGGCUCUAUCUGAUGGAUUUGCCGAUGUCAAGAUGAGCCACUACAUGCCGAGGUCAGGAGUUGUCCAUGAUGUAGGACACAGUGAAAACCAAGUCCCUGGACACCAGGAAGAUGAGGGAGACUCCGGACUUGACGACAAAGAACCUGCCCCACCGGCCCCUCAUUCUUACCCUGGUUGCUUCGGACUGCCGUAUCAGGACCAUAACUACGGAGCGCCCCGUCCGCCUACUCCUCCCCCCUCACCUCCGCAACCCCCACAGCAGAUGCUGAUGCCACCCCUGGCUGCCCUCAUCCCAGAAAAAGGCCACAUAGAGGUGGAGGAUGUGGGCAGUAGUGCAGGACUCCCCAUCACGCCGCCGGAACUGGUCCCUCCCAAAGAGGCUGAAGACGACAGUGUCACAAGGUGUAUCUGUGACUUUAUACAUGACGACGGGUACAUGAUCUGCUGUGACAAAUGCAGUGUGUGGCAGCACAUUGAUUGUAUGGGUGUGGACAGGAACAACAUCCCAGAUUCCUAUUUCUGUGAACUUUGCGAGCCCCGUUCACUGGACCGAGAGAGAGCCCGACUCAUUCAGCUUAAGAAGAAGGAGUUCUUGGAUACUCUGACAGACUCCAGUGCUACUGAUACAGACCCUGAGGAGGAAGCCAACCGACAGUUAUCACAACAACAACAGGGAGAGGUGGAUCUAGCGGGGGCCAAGAAACUCAAGACGAAGAAACAGCGGAACAAGUCUGGCAACAACAACUCCAACAGCGGCAGUAAACUGUCUGACAUCAAACAGCGCAAAAACAACAAAAAGGAGAGACGAGACGUCAAGAAGGAGAAGGAAAAUAAAGACGCAAACAAGAAACUUCUGAGUCAGAGGGUUUUAAACAAAGAUGCGCCUGCUGGUUUGAAAGCAAAGAAAAUGAAGCUGGACAAGAACAAGAAGCCUGGCUUGACGUUAGUGAUUAAUGAGAACUCCCAGCAGGAUCCAUGGGACAGUUCCUUUAGCCCCUGGGUUGACAAGUAUGAAGAAGUGUAUGAGAACUUGUACUCUCAAGAUAUCCUCAACUCAUUUCUGGCCAAGAAAAUUAAUGGUGUAUAUCCUCCGGACACUAAAGGACUGGACGUUACUCCGCAGGGCCAGUUAUGUCAUGUAACAGAGGUCAAUAAGAAUCGCAAGGGAUUGGAAGCAUCAGAAACAAUAGGAGAAGGGGAGGCUGUAAUUGAGUAUGUGGGACAAGUCAUGUACAGGGACCAGUUUAACCGAGAUAACUUUUAUAAACAAUUGAAUCCCUUUGUUUUAUUCUACUCGAAGUAUGAUGAUAUGGAUAUCUGUGUUGAUGCUACAUCAUAUGGCAAUAUUGCUCGCUUUAUUAGACGAUCCUGUAAGGCAAACGCGGAGGUGCGGCAUGUAAUUCAAAAUGGUUAUAUGAAUUUCUACGUAUAUUCCACCAAAGUUAUUCCUCGCGGAUCAGAAAUUACCAUCCCAUAUGAUUACAAUUAUAAAGAUUGUACGUACUGUGUGGAGUGUGCCUGCUUGAGAAAUAAUUGUGCUGUUGCCAAGUACUUCAAGAAGAAAUUGAACAUGAAUAUCAAGAAAGAGAGAUCUCCUCAGAAAACACCAAAACUGCCUGUGAAAUCUCCCAUCAAACUACAAAUUAAAUCCCCUGUCAAAAAGACCCCAGAAGAGUUACCUCCUCCUGACAGCAUUACUGAAGUAACCACUCCCAUGAUAGAGAUACCAGCACAGGUGUCAUCUAGAGAAGCAUCAACUGAGCAGGUGGACAAUGAUUCCUUACCUGAAGAUAUAUCAGAAACCACACCACAGACCGAAGAGGAAGAUGCUGGUCAGAACGCCGGCCUGUCAUCAGAGUCUUCUGUCUCACAGCAUAAGAUGACACGAGAGGAAAGGAAAAUGGAAGCCAUCAUGAAGGCCUUUGAAAAAAUGGAGAAACGAGAAGAAAGACGAAAUCAGGCACUUAACCGCAUCGAUAGAAAAAGUGUAGACGUUAAAAAGGAGGACAAGAUUGAGAAGGUGGAAAAGGCUCCUGUAAAAAAGGAGGAAAAGAAAGAAAAACCCAUUCAGAAGGAAACACGAUCCAAGAAAAAGGAGGAGGAAGCUGUUUCCAUGGUAGAAGAACCACCACUGGAAUUACCAGUUGCCAUGGAAACGGAACCUGUCCAGGAAGAAAGCACUGCAGAGGUAGCCCCUCCUGUAGUAGAACAACCAGUUGUUAAGGAGACCAAACCAAAGCCAAAAUCGAGAAAGGCAAAACGAGUGUCCUCUAGAAGGAGGAAUCGAGCAGGCAGUGGUAAUGCUGUAUCGGAACCCUCUUUGUCAGUGGAUGCGUCAGACGAAGGAAGCAAUGUUGUCCAGCCAAUUAUCCCUGUCAUGCCCACUAGCUGUCCUAACACUCCUCUUGUCACCAAUGAGUCGGUCAACAUGGCACCAUCAUUCAGGUUCCUCAAAACCAAGAAGCAUUUAAUGAAUGAAUGGUUACACGAGAAGAACCAGGAUGGAGGGACGGUACCCUCACCGUCUCCAGCAAAGACGGAACCUCUGGAGGUGAAUGUGGAGGAUGACACCAUGUUUGUGACCUGUCUGCCAAGCCCACGGAAUGCAAUGGAACAUCUCCGCCGGAACAGCCACAGCUCUGGAACCUUCCGUCCUGUUGUCAAUGUAGAAAGUAGCAUAGGCUCGGCCAAAAAGAGGUGGUUACGACAGGCUAUGCAUGAGAAACCCAAGCCAGAGAGUGGUUCUAACUCCCCCAACACCACAAGUGGAGGCAAUUCUAGUCCAGGCAUGCCUAGUCCUGGGGCCUCUCCACCCGGAGACUUUGUGACUCCUUUGAAGAAAAGGAGAUUGGCUCGGGAGUCUGUUGAUACACCUCUGACUUCCAGCCCGUCCACCUCAUCUCCUUCGGUGAACCCCUUGGUCAGUCAGUCGGGAGACUCUGAAGCCCAGCCCUCAGAUAUUCAAGAGGAAGUCAAAGCUUUCUCCCCCAUUAAUCCCCCAAAAGUGGAUAUUCCUAAGAAGCGGCCGUUUCUCAGUCCAAGAGACUUGCGGAAGGCAAGCAUUCGGGAUUCGAUGGAGAGUGAGGUAUCGGAUUCCUCGGCCACUGUCUCCUCCAGACUGUCAAUCGAUCAGUCCUCAGAUUCAGAACAGGAACACACAUUGUGUCCUCAGAAAGUUACGGGUAGUGCUAUCACAAUUCACAGUGAAAUGGUCAGUAUGGAAGACCGGACUUCUAGUAGUGAUCAGAGUGACACCAGCCACACAUGUGAAGUGACAAACAGCUUGGAGGAGGAUCAAACUGUAAACUGUGGCGUACAGAGUGAAGUAGAUAAACUUGACUCUACAAGUGAUUCAGUUCAGAGACCAGUAGGAUUAAAUGUUGUAGAGGAGGAUGCGAGCGUUUCAAGUGGACAACAGCAGGUGAGACAGUCUGAGGCAGUAUUAGAGGAAGUCGAGAUGGAGGAUCAAAGUGUUUCUGUGAAUAUGGAGACGGAUCCAGUGGAAGUUGACAGUACGGAGGAUCAAAGGAAAAACCAAGAACCAAGGAAAAGUGUUUGUGACAGUACGUCCCGUUCCGAUUCCUGUGGUAGUGGUAGGUCCUCGAGGGCGGACUCUUGUAACAACAACGUUACGGAGGAUUCAUGUAGUACUUCUAAUGUGGAAGAUGUGUGUCGUCCAUCUUCCAUGACAUCGCAAUCUAAAGCUUACGUUAGUUUAGUAGAACUGCAUUGUGUGGAUAGCAGCACAGACACUUUGUCGUCACAGACACAGGAGGCAAGUAUGGAAGUAGACGAGCUUCCCGCGGAGAGUGAUUCUCCACAGGAAGUGUCGACAGUAGGGGAGAGGAUCGCUGGUGUGGACAGCAGCGUGGAUAGCAGUAGUGAUCAGUCAGGCAGCAGGACUUCGUGUGGAGGAGUGAGCAGCAGUAGUGAAUCGCGGCGGGAAGAUUCUGUCGUAGAAUCCACGCAUUUGUCAGAGGGAGGUAGUGUCUCCUCCUCCGCUGUAGUCACUUCGGAGAAUUCUGUCACGGAGAAUGAUAUGGUAGAUAGCUCUGUGUCAGAUAGAUUUGAAAUCACAGUGGAAGCGGAACUUGUGAAUGUGUCGGAUAUUGGUCAAGCUUUGGUGGAUAAUACAGUGUCGUCCAAUCAAAGUGGCAGUUUUCCUGUGGUCAGGCAAUCUGAGGAACUGUCCUCGACAUCCUCACAUGAGGAGAUGGGGUCGGAAGUUCAUAAUGAUGACGAUAGUUCACGCUCAGACUCCAUCACAAUAACUACUCCUUCAGAGCCAUCUGCCUCUCCAGCAGACUGGGAACCAACACAGGGCACCAACACAAUGGAGCUUGAGGCAGAACCAGCCCCUAAUCCCACAAAAAAGAAGGUUAGUCUGUUGGAGUACAGGAAAAGAUUAAAAGAGAAAGGACCCUCUAGUUCCUCCACAUCAACCUCGUCGUCGUCAUUGUCUGUACCAAGGCCAUCAUCUACAUCCUCGCUUAGUCCAUCCCUCAGUGCGCAUAGCCGACUUCCAUCCCUUCCAUCCCUCCCAUUGUUUGACACGUCCCCAUCCAAGGAUUCAUCAUCUCACAAUCACCGGCAGUUCAAAAGUUCGUCUGAUCUCAUAAAACGCAAGUUGACAGAGGCCCCAAAAAGGGAGAAACCACUGAGUUUAACGGAGAGACUCAAAAAAGAGUUUGGGUUUGAAGAUUCAGAAGAUGAUGGUGGCAAAGAAGAGAGAAGUUUGAACCGAAUGAAGAAGUCGUCACAUGAUAUGCCCCCUCCUCCUCCGCCGCCGCCCUCUGGGGGUACUGGCCCCCAGCCAUAUGAGACGGCCCCAGACCCUCCUCCUCCUCCACAACAGCCUUCUCAGCAGUUAACCGGAAACUUUAAGGCCCCACUGGCAGGGGGAUACACAGGCCUGGGUGGAGUACAACCCUCACAGAUCCCCCACUCUAUACACGGAGAUCACCCUCAUAGGAUGCCUUCCCCAGGGAUGGUACUACCGACUCCCCAGGGACCACCACACAAUGGGAGCAUGAUGAUGCCACCUCAAGGGCAGAUGCCACUAAUGAACCAUGGAGGGCCCCCACCUCAGCCUAUACCUCCACCAGGACCGGUACCACCCCCUUCCAAUGGACCUAUGGGCAACCACAUGGGGCCGGCUUCGAAUGUGGGCCAGAAGAUUCCCUCCCUAAUGUCCAUACCCUCAUACCACACAAAGGGCCGGAGUACUCACCCACAGGGAGGGAGCAAUGCAGCUAAUCUGUCACAGCCUGUUAACGGACACCAUGAUCAGGGGCACGGACACCAUGAUCAGGGGCAGAAUUCCUUUGUACCAAAGCCGGGUCUGCCCUCCCAUAUACAGCAACCGUUUACUAAUGUGGCCCAACCAUCAAACUUUACGCAUGCCCCUCCUCAGCCAGUGCAGGCCCCCUACACUUCAAAUCAGCCCUACCUUCCUCCCCCUCAAUCGCUGCCCCAGCAAACCUACCCCACACAACAGCAGCAACAGGGACAGCAUUUCAUUCCCCCAUCUAACCAUCCAAACCAUUAUCAGACUCCGCCUCCUCAAGCCCAGACAGGGAGCAAUCAGUUCAUACAGACUCCGCCUCCUCAAGCCCAGACAGGGAGCAAUCAGUUCAUACAGACUCCGCCUCCUCAAGCCCAGACAGGGAGCAAUCAGUUCAUACAGACUCCGCCUCCACAAGCACAGACAGGGAGCAAUCAGUUCAUACAGACUCCGCCUCCUCCAGCACAGACAGGGAGCAAUCAAUUUAUACAGACUCCAGGCUCCUCUCAAGCUGUGUUCCACUCGGGACAACACCAGCCCUCAGCGCCCUACAACCAAGGCAGUGGUGGAUCGUACAACAGCUAUCAAACAUCGUCAUAUCAACAACAGUCAACUAAUGGGCAUCAAAUGAGGGACUUUAACCAUGGUUACAAAAACUCGCAUGAUUCUGAACAGCAAUCUCAUUACAAUCAUUCGCCUAAAAAUUACGGUUCUUCCUCACAUCGACAAAAAUCGAAAAAGUCGAAACAUCGGAAGUCUGGGAAUUCACGGUCAUAUUCCGACUACCACUGACUCGCUAUUUAUUGUUAUUUAUUGAUUUAUUCUACUUACCCGAUUGUUUAUUUGUGUCUUAAGGUUAAUUUUUUGUGUUAUUCAUGUUAGAUUCUCUUUUAAUUGCAUAAUGAUGUACUAGUAAUUCAAGGAGAAUUGAACACGAAGUUGGUGUUUAAUGUCAAAACAUGGAAAGACAAGGUGUUGAUUUUAAUUGAAUACUGAGGGAAAUCUUUAGAACUGGUAAUGGUGCCUUAAAAAUUUUUUUUUUCCUCAAGAAAUCUGAAGUUGAAAACUCACUUUUGAGCAUCCCUUCAUACCGAGAAUUAAAUGACAACAGAGGACAAAGCAUUAAACACACACCCACACACGUCUGUGAUACUGCCACUUCAUACACACUCACACAUCUUCAUGUGUAAAUACUGCCAUGUAACUUACGAUGUAAAUAAAGAGAAACCUGCUUGUAAAGGCUCAAUACUAUGUAUAGAGGUAUACAAACUAUAGUGCUAUGUGUUGCCACUCCACACCAACCACACCACAUCAGCUGUUGUGUUUUAUAGGCAUGUUUAAAAUACUGUAGCUAGACUGUACAUAUAAUGUAGGUAGAGCCAUUUUGUUUAGAAUAGGAAAUCUGCACAAAAGUCAUUGCGACCAGUAUUUUAAUGGUGCGGAAUUUUUGUGCAGUUUUCAGAAUACUUUCCCUUUGUCUGAUCAAUACCGAGCACGGAUGAACAAACGUGAAACAAUGGGCGCGUAUGUGGUCCGGUUUUCUGUGGAGUGGUGGAGCGAGGCGUCUUGUACAAAGCAGUUUGGUUUAUUUUUGGAUUCUUUGUAAAUAUUUGUACAUAGUAGAUCCCAGUAUGGAUUUCGUUGUUGUGACUGCAGCUUUUGUGUUGUAUGCAUUGUGUAGGAAGUGAGAAAGAUUUAUCAGUUCCCAGAAGUUUUCCAUGUUCUGCUAAAGAAUCACUGUCAGUCAAGAUGUAAAAAGAAACAAAUUAUGACUUUUGUGUUUUACUCAAGCAAAAAAAUUGUUUUUUCUUUGAAUUGACUCAUUUUGCGUUGCAUUUAUUUUUUAAAGAUUUUUUCUCGCAUUUUUGCAAGAUACUUUUCUGAUUUUUUUGGUUACAACUUGUAAUAUUUUUUUUCCUUGUGAGAAUCUUAGUCUUAUUGAUGUGCUUGGAGAAAAACUAAAAAUAUUUUAGAAGGGUAUGUAUGUAAUUAGUUAAGUGCUGCAUUUCUUGGGAACAGCUCAAAUUUAUGUCAGAGGCAUUGUACUAAAUCUAUGAAAAAUACAAAGAAAAUACUGAGUUA